GGAGAACGCAGCAGCGAUUUCGCGUUAGUUGUUUCUUGAAACUCCGUCAGAUCGAACAGCGUAAAGUUUACCAUUCUAAAAAAAUGGCUUCGAAAAGCCACUCGUUCGAUUCUAAUUGUAUGACCCUAACGAGGUUCGUGCUCGCGGAACAACGAAAAUUUCCAACAGCCACCGGAGAUCUUAGCCAACUUUUGAACAGCAUACAGACCGCUGUAAAGGCGGUCAGUUCAGCUGUUAGAAAAGCCGGCAUUGCUAAUAUGUACGGAAUAGCAGGAAAUACAAAUGUUCAAGGCGAAGAGGUGAAGAAAUUGGAUGUUUUAAGCAAUGAAUUGUUCGUGAAUAUGUUGACGUCUUCGUUCACGACGUAUCUCCUCGUGAGCGAAGAGAAUACGAAUGUGAUCGAAGUGGAAACCGAGAAACGUGGAAAGUACAUAGUCUGCUUUGAUCCUUUGGACGGAUCCUCCAACAUCGAUUGUUUGGUAUCGAUCGGUUCGAUUUUUGGUAUCUACAAGAAGCCAGAUAAUGUGAAAGAUUCCAUGGAAUCGGUGGUCUUACAACCUGGUAAAAACUUGGUCGCAGCCGGAUACGCGCUUUAUGGUUCUGCAACAAUGAUAGUACUGUCGAUCGGUCAAACCGUAAAUGGUUUCACCUAUGAUCCCGCCAUUGGAGAAUUUAUUUUAACCGAUCAAAACAUGCGUAUUCCAAACAAAGGAGAAAUAUACAGUAUUAACGAAGGCAACGAAAAUGCUUGGAAUCCAGCAAUCAAAGAAUAUAUACAUUCAAAGAAGUAUCCUAAAAGUGGAAAAGCGUAUAGCGCGAGAUACGUGGGUUCCAUGGUAGCCGAUGUGCACAGGACGAUCAAAUAUGGCGGAAUAUUCCUGUACCCAGCAACCAAAAGUCAUCCAACCGGCAAGCUUCGACUUCUGUACGAGUGUAUACCGAUGGCUUACAUACUAGAAAAAGCCGGUGGUUUGGCAUCGAACGGAGAGAUUGAUAUUUUAAAUGUCGUACCCGAGAAGAUUCACCAGAGAUCACCGAUAUUUUUGGGUUCGAAAGAAGACGUCGAGGAAGUUUUGCAAUAUGUUAAGAAGUACAAAUCGUAGAGAGAAAGUUGAAAGAGUGAGUGAGACAGUUAUGAAUAUCUUACAAUUAAAAUUUUUAUAGUUUUAUGAAUGGGAAUUGAAAAUUUCAUAUUUUUCGUUUGAUGUAAAUAGUAGUAUUAUUGAAAGUUCGGUUUUUAUUCACUUUAAUUGGAUUAAGUAUUGAAAAUCUGUGACGAACGGGUGGAGAACGCGUUAGUAUCUAUAUCCCUCGUUACUACCGGAUCCUCCGGAAACGGGAGCCGCCCUUGAAGGGCCCGGGGCCGGGUACGUUGCCGUUCCUUCGUAUCGUACCAUUGGACGAUAUCCACCAUCGUCGGCAAUAUAAUCGACGAUCUGCGUUCUACCGUCUGGCAAUAACACGUGAUAGGUUCCGGUCGCCUCGUUAUCCUUUCGUGAUUCGUGAUGGCCAAAGUUUAGUCCGGCUAUUGCGUCUUCGACUUCGUACGAGAAUUCAUAGUUCGCCGGGUCCUAUUUAGAAAAAACGACACCUAUAUAGAUUAGAUUACGAUACAUAAAGUACAGAUUCGUUUUUAUUCAAUUGACAAGUAAGUACCGAUUUGACACAGGUCAUAAAGAUAAACGUACACACCAAUUAUUUACUGUUUUCAUCACUUCGUGGAGAAGUUUGCCUUAUUAUCUUAUCUGCAUUAUUUAUUUAUGGGAAAAUUACUUACACCAGCCCAUUCGUCCGGAUGACCGGUGCCUCCGGAUGCUGGACGCGCUCCAGUUCCGGUUGGUGGAAGGUAGGCAGGUCCUUGAGGUUUGCUCAAAAUUCCUACCAACAUCGUCGUUAAUACGAGUGCCUAUAUAAUAAAAAGAAAUAUUUGAAAUAUUUGAAAUAUUUGGAAACAGUAGAAAAUGAGAGAAUUUUACAAACUAAAUGGAAUAGGGUACAAACCUUUCGAAUCAUUAGCAGCUUGGCAGAAUGUUCACUUGACCGAACUAAAAUAGCAUAACGUUACGAAGCCAAUGGUUUUUAUACCCUCUUCCAGGCAAUGGAAUGAAGAUGGAACGACAGUUAUUCGGGGGAACUUUAAUACGGAUCCAUACCUAUAAUUAUAGUUAAUAAUAAAACCGCAUUGUCUUUUACCGACUGUACAGCAACGAUCAAUUUAUUCGGUGACAUUUCCUGAGUUACCGAAAUCGUUUACGAAAUUAAUUAAGAUUACUCGUGACGGAAUAUUAAAUGUGUUUAUUGUCAUAAAAAAAAAAAAA